UGGCACAAUCCGCUCUGCAACUUUCUCGAACUCCACUCCUCUGGCGGUAUCCGGAGGUGCUUGACCUGCUAUUCUGCAGACGUGGACCCAGCUGCUCAUGGCGAGGCCACUCGGUGGUUCAAACCCAUACGACAGAAGACGGAGCUGCGGCUGUUGUCGGUCAAAGCGGGCAACUUCGGCGACGUUGUCCAUUGUUGGCUGAUUCCAUGCAAGCUGGAGAACCGACCCACAUAUGAGGCAAUCUCCUAUACCUGGGCAGACGAGUUCGGUGACGCCACUAAGAGCAGAGAGAUCUAUCUCAACAAUUCGCCUUUGCGCGUUACGGUCAACUGUGAGGCGGCCCUAAGGCGGGUCCGCCUACCUGAGCGAGCGAGGACAAUUUGGAUUGAUGCCGUGUGCAUCAAUCAAGAAGAUCAGCAGGAGCGGGGCCAUCAGGUCCAGCUCAUGCCAGAAAUCUAUGCGGGAGCGCGGCGGGUGCUCAUUUACCUAGGAGAACCAACGAACGUGGAGUACGAGAGCGUUUCAUACAUCAGCGACAGACUACGUUUUAACCAGGACGACCUUAAGCUUUGCGACGAGCCUACUUUAUCGGCGAUCGCGAGACGUGCCCUCUGUUCUCUCCUCAGCCGUCGGUACUUCUCCCGAAUUUGGAUCUUACAGGAGGUCAGUCUAGCGAAGGAGGCGACGUUAAUCGAGUUCGAUAAACCAAGAUACCGGGAACCAUCACAACUUCUUGAACUCCUCGACCUGGCUAGAAAUAGCGAUGCAAAAGAUCCGCGAGAUAAAGUCUUCGCAGUCUUUGGCAUGAUCAAUUGCGCCGAAAGUCUCGGCUACGUCGCAGACUACAAGGAAGAAACCGAGGGAACGUAUAGCAGGAUCGCGGUGCAGCUUAGUGAGGCCCACGGCCUCAUGGCUAUCCUCGUACGUGCGGCA